AUGAAAAAGAUCUCAAAGCGAAAACAAGAUAUUAAAAAGAUGUCUGAAGAGACAGAUGAUAUUGCAGUAGAAGAAAAUGUAGGCAAGCAUCUUCAAAAAGGUUUAGAUGCAGAAGAAGAAAAUAAAAACAUAAUAGAAAUGUUGAGAAGCAAAGUAAGAGAAAAGCUAAAAAAUGCUAAGGUUAAUCAAAGUGAAAAAUCUUCAACUAAUCUGCUCAUUGAUAAUAAGAUAAAUCAGUGGUCUAAGGUGAGUCCACAGACUGAAGUCUCAUUGGAGGCAGGCCUUUCGUUUUUCACUCUGAGCGGUGAAGAAGGCUCAGCUUUGGGCCAGUCUUCAGAGCAGAGAUUAUUAAAUGAUAGCUACCCUAAACAUUUAUUACUUGGUGAUAAUUUACAAGAUUUUGCUGAGAGCCAUGAUAAAGAUUAUUAUAUGGAAGAAGUAAUUUUUCCAGAUUUACUUGAAGUAAAAGCUGCUGAAUAUGAAGAUGAUCAAGAACAAAUCAAGAGACAACAGGCAAAUAUUUUUGUGCCAAGUAGUUCCUCAGUGGUCAACCAACGUAAAUUGCCGAAAAAUAUGAUGCCACGCAUUUUAGAAGAUGAAGGAUUCUAUAUGCAGAGAAAGCCAAAAAUAUAUAAAAAGACCUGCAACAAAAUGGAAAAUCGCCUGCUUCAACAAGAAGAGGGAAUGUGUUGGUUUGAAGAAAGUGCUGAAAUAAUGUCAUUACCUUCACCUAUUAGCCAGUCAUGGAAAUUCAGACUAAACAUAAGCAAGGAAUCUUUAAAUCCAGCAUUAAAGACCAUAUACAGGAAGGCAGUGAAAUCUGAUCUAGAAAGCUCUAUUAGGACCAAAAUGGAAGGUCAAGGGAAAAUGUACCAAUUAGAUCUCAACAUUGUGGGUUUGCAAUUUAGCCAUCAUCCUGUCUUCAAUCAAGAACAAGUAUUAUGUGCUAGGCUGCUCCAACUUUAUGAGUGUUUUCAGGACAGGCAGCAACAGAAUUUAUCUCAGCUCCUUUUAGAGAAGCUUAAAGCACUGACACAUGCUACCAAAUUAUCAAAUGAUGAUUUGGAAGUGAGCCAGCUGACUGGAAAAUCUUUACAAGAUUAUUAUUGGCAGAUAAGUAAUACAAAGCAGCUCUAUGAGUUAGAAAGGGAAAAGGACUUCUCCCUACUGCACAGUAUGUCACGUACUUGGAAACAGAUAAAAUCUCUUCGACAACAGCAAGGGUUUAUAAGCACCCCGGUAAAGUUACAAUUUCAGAGGAUAAAAAAUAAAUUUGAUGAACAAGAUCAAGGAGAAAUGUCAGAAAUGUCUGUGACUGAGAAGAACACAGGAGGAAAAGCAUAUAACAUUGGGGGAAAUGAGGAGAGUCUCUUAAAUUUAGCUUCAGAACUUGAAGAAACAGAUAUUGAAGGAAUAAAGCCAAUUACUUUUAUGCCACAACUUUCUUUUGCUGAAGAAUUAACAAAUUUAUCCAAAUGUUCACUGCAUGAACAAAAGAGGAGAGCCAAAAUUCAGAAGCUUAAAUAUUUUAUUAAAAUAUUAUACAAUGAUAAACAGGUUUCUUGCACUUCAAUAUCUCCUCUGCAAUUUGAUUUUAAAGUCAUGUUUCAGAAGAUUUUCAAUAUCCAGUUAAUAUAUUGGCCUGAAACAAUUUGCUUGGAGGUUUAUGAAGUAAAUAAAAGGACAAACUUGCUGGCAAAACUAUAUAUACCUUUGCCUAACAGCACAGAGCUGAAAAGCAAAACUGCUUUGGAAUAUGUAGAGUUUAGCUCUGAUGAGCAGGUCAUGCCUGAGUAUGGAGAAGUAGGAAGCAAUGUGCCUUUUCUUCUUGAGGGAAAUGAAACGGAAGAACUUUGUCUUUUCACAUCAGGAAAACUAAGCUAUUCCCUGUCAUGGGCCUUAGAUGAAAAUGGUAUUCCUCUGACACCUAUGUCACAGUCAUUAAGAUCUGCUUACUGCAGUGUGUUAAAAAAUGUAGACGCAAGAGGCGAUCCUGGAAUUCCAUGGCUCAUUAAUACACAGAAGCUCUUUGAAUGGGCAAAUGAAGUCAGAAUUGACCCAAAUAACCCAGAAUAUUCUGAUUUAAUGGAAUUUAUUAUGUACAUGAAACAUAAAGGGACGGAUAUUCCAAAGUAUUUUCGUCUUGAACAGUUGCAAGAAGAAUUAAAUUUUGUUUCCGAAGAGGAAAUGAAAAAGAGUAAACGUUUCCGGCUAUUGCAACUUAGAAAUGCAGGACAAUUAGGUAUUUUCCCUCUGCAGCAAAUACCCCUUUAUGACAGAGAGAUUCCAGAUUCAAUCUUCCAGGAAUAUGAAAGUCAGAUAGAGAAAGAUAUUUCCUUUACAGAUGUGAAUUCUAUUACCGCACAAAGGAUUAAUUCUGUCAAUUUUCUGAAAAAGAUGAGAAAGAAGGUAAUGAAAAGAAUUGUCAAAGUUAGCAAAUUUAACUUAUCAGAUAUUGUAGCUGAUUAUGAAGAAAUUGUAUCUGCAAGCCAGUUGACACACGCAGUUUGUAAGCUUGUUGAACGACACAGAAAGUUAAAGCCUCAGAGGAAAGAAAGGAAAAAAGUGGCAGCACAGACUAUCUGUGAUGGAGAUAUUAAGAUUCUUGUCAGAAUCCUGAGGGCUUAUAAUAUUCCCAGCAGGAAAACAACAGUUCACAGACCCUUGGAUAUAUCUACUUCUCUGAUAUCAUCCAUAUCUUGCUUCAAACAUAAAGAAACAAUCAAAUCAGUGGUCUCAGAGGAGAUAUUAUAUGAGGAUACUGUACACCCUUUUGUGGAAGUUUCCUUUCAACACACUGUAUACCAAACCAGUACUGCAAGUGGAUCUCAUCCAUGCUGGAAUGAGGAAAUUAAAGUAGAUUUUGUAUCACCAGGACAUGAUUAUAGCUUCUCAAGUUUAUCUAAAAUAAAAGAUAAUAUAUAUAUCAACAUUUUUGAUGAAAUGAUUUUUGAAAAACAUGAGGAUCACUGUUUCAGGAGCUGCAGUGGUCAUUCAUAUGUAAGAAAGAAUUGGCUUGGAUCCAUUGUCUUCCCUUUCUCUGCUCUUCUGCAACAAUCUGAGAUUAAUGGAACAUUCCAAGUAAACAUUCCACCAGUUUUGCUUGGGUAUACUUGGAGUAAGACUUGUACAUCUCCUAAAGAAGAUCAUAAUGGGCAGAAUUUAAAAGAAUGUACCUUUUUAAAUAUCUUUGCUACCAUUGAACCUCAAAUAUCAUAUGUCACCUGUAAUCCAGAACUAGACAAGCUUUCAGAUCAAGUAGAUGUUUUGGAGAGAGCACACAUUUUUGCAAAAAAUUGUAAGGCAGUAUUUCCCAACCGAAGAAUAACAACGACUGUUUUUAAUCAUGAGGGGAUACAAAUCUUAGUAACAAGAUACAUCAAGGCAUUAAAUCCACCUCAACAACUCCUAGAUAUAUUUCUUCAUGAUUCCAAUGCAACACUUGACCUUAUUGCUCAUUUUGUAUCUUUGAUUCCUCUUAUGCCUGAACUGGAUGAAAAUGAUGGUUUUGAUAUAUGGAUGACAUCAGAGCGCUGCAUCAGUUUGGCUAUUGGGAAUAGGGAGGAGCAUGCCAUACUUCUCUGUAAUUUCUUUUUGUAUUUCGGAAAGAAAGCUUUGGUCCUUCUGGGAACCUCAAUUUUAGAAGGACGCGUAGCUUAUGUAUUAACUCAUGAAACUGAUGAAUAUUUGCUUUGGAACCCAUUAACUGGUCAAUGUCAUAAGCAAAUUGACCCAUUUUGUCCUUUACAAAGUGUAGACUGUUUGUUUGAUGAUGGAAAUGUCUGGUUUAAUAUUCAACAAAAUAGUACACCAAUGGCUAUAUAUUUUGACUAUUCAAAGGAAAGUUUCUGGAAACAGCUGCUUCCAAAAAAUUUUCAAGGGACACAGGCACAAAGCAUACAGCCUGAAGAAAUAAUUUAUUCUGAUACUAACAAAAGCAUGGUAGAUGAUCUAAAGAACAGGAUUGAAAGGAUUCUAAAAUGUAAAAUUAUGGAAUGGCGACCUAAGCAGCCAACACGUUGGAAUCGACAGUGUACUUCUAUUUUGCGACACAUUCUUCCUAAGCUAGAAGUUGGUACUGAAAGCUUUGUUUCCUCUGAAGAAGAGAGUGAAUUUGAAAGACUACUACAAUUUUAUUGGAUUGAAGGAUUUCCUAUCCAGAUGCCAUACACUAAUAUACAGUCAGUGAUUGAUGCCAUGUAUCAAACUGGAAUCCACUCCUCAGAAUUUCCCCAGACAGAAUUUGCUCUUGCCGUAUAUAUUCACACAUACCCAAACAACAUAUUAUCUGUGUGGGUCUAUUUGGCUUCUUUAACUCGGCAACAGUGAAAAGGAAGAAGGGAAAAGGAAAAGUUGUACUGUGGGCUCUCAAACCAGAAGCAACCAGAACUUUCCUGGUACUUUGGGAUUUUGCUACCUCUCCUCAAGUCCAGCCAAGUGUGAACCCACUUUUUGGUUCACUUAAAGAAUUGGGCACCAUGGAAACUCACUCUCUGAGUCCUUGAGGAUGAGUCUAGAUGACAUCUUCACCAGACACUUCUUCAAGGAAGACCCUUUAGGAAGUCUGGCAGCCUUGGAUUUUAUUCUGGGAAAGAAGCAAUUCUGGCCUCUUUUUGUAAAGUCAGUGUUACUCAAAUUUUGGGCCUCAUAUUACCUCCAUCAAAAUCACCAGGAUAGCUCUGUUGAAAAUGCAAUUCUCAUACCAGACUCAAGACCUACUGAGUCAGAACUUCUGGGAAUGGAGUUCUAGAAUCUACAGUAUUUUAAACAACCUCCCCAGGUAAUUCUGAUGGCCUGUUAAGGGUGGUCUGCCUUAUAGAAUGUUGUGAUAACAAAAGUGAGGCUGGUGUGCUUGAUGCUGGUUCUGAUGCAAUUCCAAAUAGAAGUUAUUCAAAUAGAAACCCUAAGGUGACUGCCUCUUAUAAGAGAAAGAAUGAUUUCACUGGUGAAGAAACAGGGAAAGCUACUAUGUUGGGUUGAGUGCUGAGGUCAGCUUCUGGGGGCUUUUCAACUUGGGAUGCUACUGAUGUGAAGUCCUUUCAGCUCCAUCUAUAUGUAAGGGAUUCCCAGGAAACUAAUGUGCUUUCCUGAUUCUGUGAAAAAAGGAGAAAGUGGUUGUACCAAAUCUCAGGGCUCCUUUUUGCUUAGUGAACAGCUCCGCAUUAUGCAUCUGGCACUUUCCUGCUGCUCUUUUCCCAGUGAUGGCCCCAAGGAGCCCAUCGAUAUCCUAAGAACCCCUCAAGAAAGAGUGGUCAGGGAUCUAAGUAGGAAGCACUGCACUUUCUUGUAGUUUUUUUUUUAAUUUCUAUUGUUCUGUGCUUCUUUGAGAAAGAGUAUUUAUACAGAUUACUUAAAUAUUCUAUAACAACUUAUUUGUUUAAAAAUAUCAAAGGAUACUGAUUUUCAAAGUUUGAGGAGAGUAGUUUAGUUUUACAUGAGGUUAGAGUAAGAGAAAGAAAAUUCACCUCUUACAUUGCAGGAACCCUGGAGCUUCUUGGGACACUCCCACAAGCAGAGAGAAGGGACCCCCAAAUUCAUCCUCAGGGACCCUUCAGUCUAUAGCCUCUUCAUAAUAUACUUGCAUGGGCUGCUGCUUGAAAAGACCUUGUUUAUUUGCAGAGAUGUUAGUCCUAGACCAAACUUGAGAUUGAUUAAAAAAACUGUAGGUGUAUGGGUGAAAGAAUGUUUUAUUCUCCAAUGUUAAAACCUAACUAUGCCUAAGAAAACUGAUCAAUUUUUGUUUU